AUGUCCCCGACACCAGGGCUCUCACCCGAGCAGAGAAGUCACAUCAUCACCAAAGCCUUGCAAGGUGUGCCCCUUCCCCUCCUUUUUGAUGUCCUACAUCUGACCUCCACACUCGCUUGUCCUUCAGCCCGCGACGGAUCCUAUUCUCCUUACUCACUUUUCCGGGUCGGAGCCUGUUUGUUGGGUCAAAAGGAUGGGCAAUAUACAACAGGAGCCAAUGUUGAAAACGCCUCAUACGGUAGGUCUUUUAUUGCCCAUGCAUCGUUCUCCGCUGUAGCGGCACGCCACAUGGUGACACUCGGGGGUCAAGCGCGAGUCACGACUCAAGAUAUAGCCCUGACCGGGUAUAUGUGAGACUGCAGGUGUGACCAUUUGUGCGGAACGGACGGCGAUCGUCAAAGCAGUGGUGGGUCUCAUGCUGCCGUCACACCCGAGAUGCCCUGUUAUCGCCCGGGCGGGGUUCACGGCGUCGCCGCAGGCUGACCGCAGCUCGGGUCACUUUUCUCCAGACGGAAAGUCCAAACCGUCGCUUUGUAGGGCUGGCGAUCGCAAGGUGAGGCGAGGGAAUCUUCGUCGUGCAUUGGGUCGAACUCGAAUCGCUGCUUCUGACGCCACAACUCACGACGUGGCACUCGCUGGCCGACUCAUCGCAGCGACCUUAAUGGAGUGUGCAGCCCCUGCGGUCUAUGCCGCCAAACGCUGCGAGAGUUCUGUCCUUUGGAUGUGAGUCGUCGCACGCACACCCGAGCCAACGGGGGAGGGGAACGCGCGAUUCCAUGCCUUCGUCGAUCAAUGGUGUCUGCGCUGACAUCCAACACUGCGUGUGCAUGCGUCGUCAGAUGCCCAUCUUGCUCGUUCCCGCUAACUAUUCCGAACAGACCAAGACGGUUACCGCGCGAGAGGCGAAGGAGCACGGAGACAAGGGUGUGCUAGUUGUGACCACGCUUGACGAGGUGCGGCCCUCACCUACCAUGAUGCUUCACUAUUUGUCUAACUGUCACAUGCACCCGCUGUCUCCUCUUCUUGCUUUCCUCUAGCUACUGCCGCUCUCGUUCGGACCCGAAGACCUCGCUCUACCGCGACAAGGAUGA